CGCAGCACGGCGCUCCGCCCCCGGCGCCGCCUCCGCCACAGCCCCCGGGCCUUGACGUGGUCGGCAGCGGCGGCGUCAUCGAGCUUCGAACCACGUCCUCCACCACUUCGCCCAGCAAGAAGGUGGCGAUGAUCCAGCUGAACCAGGACACGGACGUGUGCAUCACGGGCGUCUACGUGAACAGCACGACGCGCUCGACGCGCCACGAGGGCUACUGCAGCAUCGCCGGCAUGCAGUACCGCAUCUCCAGCACCAGCCACACGCAGUCCGAGGCCACGACGGUCGCCACCGAGACGACGCUCCAGGUGCACGCCUCGGACCACGCGGCGGAGGCCGCGCCCGCGCCUGUGAAGUCUUACACGCCGCUGGGGGCGCUGUCUUCCAUGCAGCCGCCGGGGCACCCCUCGCAGCCGGCGGCGGCGCCGCCCCCGCAGCAACGAUGCCUGAUGCGUAGCUGCCCGCGGGGCGCCGGUGUGUUGGGGGUUGCCGUCUUCUAG